AUGUCUCGAACGCUCCUGACAACGUUGCUGUUCGCCUGUAUAGCUCUAGAGGUCACACCAAAGCCCGCCAGCGUGGCUUCAACACAAUACCUGCCAUUUUACGGAGGCGCUAAAGGGCAAUAUUUAGAGGUACAAAAAGACACUAAAGGCUUCGUUGUCAGCGAGAAAAUUGUGGCCGAAGAGAGUAUUACCAGCGAGAAUGUUGUGAAAAACAAUAAUGACAGCCUCCUGUCCAGGAUGCUUGCAGCGAACUUGCAGAGUCUACAGACAUUGGCAAGCAACGCGCUGAAGCUGCACACCUUGGGACGUAAAACGGGUUUCCUUGGAAACAAUGACAUGGCCAGAUUUAAGAGCCAGCUUUCGUCACUCGGCGAGACGGCGUCAAAUACGAUAAAGCUGAUCGAAGAGAUAGGAGACAAUGCUGAAUCUCUGUUUAAUUCUAACGUCACGCUGCUGAGGCGUUACGAGGAUAACUACGAUGAGGAUAUUAGUCAAGAGGGUAUAGGAGUCGACGCACCUGAUACUGAUGAAGAUGGUCUAACCGAUGCGAGAAUAGCUGAAGCUAAGCCUAUUGGCUUGGCGGUGAUUGGUGAGACUGGUCUAGCAGCCUCUCGGCCGGUAGGAACUGCAGUGGCAACCAGUGGAGUGGCAUUGGCGCGUCCCAUAGGCACAGCUAUCGCAGGCAUUGACCCCACCCUUCUGGGCAUCAACUACCAAAUAAACCAAUUCAGACAAGCCCCAAUAACACACAAGAAAAGACGCCAA